ACCACUUCAUUGGAUAAAGUUGACAUCGACUGACACUGAGGGAAUAAAUGAAUCUGGGACUCUCUUCCUGAUCUGAGACUUGAUCUCUCAAGCUUAAAGCAUCAGCACCCAUUGUAAUUUAAUUCUACUCUUACAUUUCGCGAAGUUGCACGGAUUAUUUUUGACAAAAGUGAUCCGAUCUAGAGCGAUGGCACUGAUGAGCCCUUACUCGUGGACGGAGGAUCUGGGCUGUCCUCCAGGGGAAGGGAAGCCCAGGGCUGGGAUCACCGCUCACGAAUCUCCAGCCAGGAACAAAACUGAGCCUCGAAUCCGAAGACCCAUGAAUGCUUUCAUGGUGUGGGCAAAGGACGAGAGGAAGAAACUUGCAAUCCAGAACCCUGAUCUCCACAACGCAGAGCUCAGCAAAAUGCUAGGCAGAUCGUGGAAGGCGCUCGCUCCUACACAGAAGAGACCUUUUGUGGAAGAAGCUGAAAGAUUACGAGUGCAGCACAUGCAGGAUCAUCCCAAUUACAAAUACAGACCUCGGAGGAAAAAGCAAAUCAAACGUCUGUGUAAACGGGUCGACCCGAGCUUCCUCCUCAACAACUUCCCCCAUGAUCAGCCACCUGUCCCCAGCGGCAGAGCCUAUAGGGGACGCCUGGAGGAAGAGGAGGAUAAAAGCUAUUCAUCGGCCUCAAGACUUCCUGUAAUCAGCAGAUUCAGGGAAACGCAGACCACAAACAACAGCUUUGACAACUAUGGGCUACCUACCCCUGAGAUGUCCCCUCUGGAUGUCAUCGAUGCUGAUCACAGCUUCUUUCCACCUCAAUGUCCAGAUGAUCCUCGUCCCCAGAUGACUGAAGGAACAUAUUGUUCAGAAUACGGUCAAAGUCCCAUCCAAUGUGGACACCUCAGUCAGAUCGUAAUCUCCCAGACUAGAUCUACCAUGAUGCAUCCUGUAACCAGCCGCCCACCUCCACCCUCCUAUUACAGCCGCAUCCACCAUCCUCCCUUCCAUUCUGUACAUGCAAAUACCUCUGUCCACCUUUCUCCCCCUCAUCAUCUAGAUAGCCUGGAACACAUCAGCCAAGCUGAGCUUUUAGGAGAAGUGGACCGCAAUGAGUUUGACCAAUACUUGAAUACCUCCAUUCGUUCAAAUCCGGAAGAGAUGGCAAUCAAUGAACAUUCAUCUGAAGACAAUCCAUCAGGAGGUACAGGUUCAGAGAGAAGCCUUAUAUCUGUUUUAGCAGAUGCUACUGCAGCCUAUUACAAUAACUACAGUGGUUCCUAGAGCAAACUCUUUCCAGUCAAAACAGUAUUAUUUACCACAGUUCUCUGGACAAGGACAUUUCCUCAGGGUGCCAAAACAAUCUAAAGAAUGAUUUCCAUAAAUUAUGAAGUGCCAAAACAUUUUUGGGGGAGUUUGAAGCAGAUUUUUACAACACUUUCAAAGUGGAAGGCUGAGGCUGCUUGACUCUUGGAACAUUUCUCUCUAAACUUUAGGCUAAAUUGCUUGCGCUUGUAAGGAGCUUGCAAGAUAUAUUUAAAUAUCCAAAGCUUGCUUUGUUUCUGUUUAUUGUUAGCUUUCUUAAGACAAUUGACUGUAUGCAGCAUUCUGUUUUAUUGCAUUCUAAGCAUACCUGAAUGUUGUGGAUUAACUGAUCUGUUAAUCAAUGAUUCACCAAUUAUUAGUGUAUUAAUAAUUGUUUCAUGAAUUUAAAUUCUAGAUUGUUUUAAAGUUGCUGAGAAGUGCUUAAAGACCUCUCUUCCUGUUACCGUUUUAUUUCUGGUUUAAAGCAAUCUAUCUAAAGGCACUUGCCUUCCACAAAAGGAAAGUAUGAUGAAAUUAAACCAUUCAGCGUUGUUGCUUAGUGACUGCUUCAAAACUGCAUUGCCUGGAAUCGGGUGCCUUAUGUGCCCAAGGGUGGAAUAAUUUACAAAAGCAAUGGAUAAUGUGUGAACUUCACCUGGAAAUAACAUCAUGUUUAAAAUAAUAAUUCCUUAAUAAUAUAAUAAAAUAAUAACGUUAUCUGAUUCUACCUAUUACAUAUUUGAUUUUCAUCUCACAACAUCCUCAUUCUUGGUUGAGAUGAACAAGUGCUGUCUUCCUGGGUUUUACUCAAUUAAAGUAUAAUCGUAUCUA